UAAUUAAUGUGAGUUUCAGUCGUGGUCGUAAAGGUAACGUUAGCUAUAUUUCAUGGCGGAUUUCAGAACACAGUUUCAGUCAAUAUAAGUGAGUUUCAGUCAAUUUUCUUGAAAACGAGACCUGUCGCUAGCUAAUAAUGUGUAAUAAAGGGCGGUAAUAAUUGAUAGUUAGCUGGCUAACUAGUUAACGUUAUAUAUUAAUAUAUUUAGCCAACGUAGUUAACGUGCAGUGUUAACUUAGUGUACUACAACGCACACUUGCCAGCUAGCUAAGGUUAUAUGGAGAAUACAAGGAACAUUUAACGCUGUAUGGGCCAGCUAGCUAACUUUAUAUGUAGAAUGAAAUGGACAUUUAACACUGUAUGGGCCAGCUAGCUAACGUUAUAUGUAGAAUGAAAUGGACAUUUAACGCUGUAUGGGCCAGCUAGCUAACGUUAUAUGUAGAAUGAAAUGGACAUUUAACGCUGUAUGGGCCAGCUGGCUAACUUUAUAUGUAGAAUGAAAUUGACAUUUAACGCUGUAUGGGCUCUACUGUAAGCAGGGUAACUAUGUGGUCCACUGCGUAUUGCUGUCAACAAAUAACAUGUGUGUGAAUAACCUCUCUUAAUGAAAGGAAGAAUGGAUUACGUUCACACCCCUGCUUUCCGCUUGGAGCCCUCUGGUGCCCUCACCCUGAGGGCAUCUGAAGAGGCUGCCAGGGUUGCCAGGACCAUCCAGGAGGAAGAGUGUACAGGUGUAGUCCGGGUGCUGAAGCCACGACAAGUGAAGGAGAAGGCAAAGGCUUGUGUGGUAGCCAGAGGGGGUGACCCGGAUGAUAGCCGACUGGUGGACAGUGAGAGUGCCAUCCAGUUCGGCAAAUACCGGGGUCAAACCUUCAAGUGGCUGCUAAGCCACGAUGUCGGCUAUGCCGUCAUGGUCUUGGCUUCUCACCAGCAAGAGAGGGAGAUGGGGGACACAAACACGUCUUCUGAAAUGGCCAACAAGGACCGGUUUGACUGGUAUACCAACCUGUUUCCUGAGGUCCAGAAGGCAGUGGAGGAACGCAGGGUACGGGACGGGACCUUGCCCCCCCGACCUGACCAGGAGGACACAGCAACAGCUGUAGCGCCUCCUAAUCCAUCUGCCGAGCCAUCAGAUCAGGAGUUGCUGUCUAUCUGCGUGGGUUUUGACCAAGGUACUCUAUGUUAUGGCACGUUAUUGUUUAUUUCUGUUGAGAAGAAUAUACAUAUGAAAUGACUUUUCCCCUAAUAACUAUCUGUUGUUGUUAGCAUUAACAGGAUACACUUUAAAGUGGUAAGGUAAGUGGUCAAAUUGUUAAAACACCUCCUAGCUGGGCUUAGAAUUCACUAGAAUUUCUCAUUUUUGCAUCCAUUUUGCUUGCCAUAGAAAAAUCCUUCCUCAUCUUUUUGUGGAAUGAAUUGUUUACUGUAGCUUGUCUUGUCACCAUUCCAACCUGUAUUUCAGUCUGCAUCACUUUGAUUGGCCUAUUCUUUGCUUGUACAUGUCUACCCACUAUACAUCUGUCGUUUGUAGCUUUUAAAUGUAGAUUGUGUUUAACCUAGAUUCCUAACCUCUACCACUGAUAACACUGAUCAAAACUAAACCAAAGUGCAUUGGCUGUCAACAGGCUGUUAACAUGUUUUGAAGCUGAAGCUCUAUUCUAAAUGAAUUAUUUCACUUAUUUCUCUGAAAUAUUUUGUGAGACUAACUCCUGUGCUCCUGUAGCAGUUCCUACUGCUCCCACUGCCACCGCAUCCCCUGCUGUGCUAGCUCCUACUGCUCCCACUCCCACUGCGCCCCCUGCUGUGCUAGCACCUACUGCCCCUCCUCAGCUCUGGUCAGCCUCCCAGCCAACAGCUGGACCACUACAGCCUGCUGCUGACGCUCAGGUGCUUCUCCCUGAGGGAUGGAAGCAGACCCUCCCAAAGGAGCAGCAAGAGUGGGUCAGUCGGGCCAUUUUCAUCAGGAACAAGCAGCUCAAAUGUGUCCUGAAAAGCCAGCUUGAGCUGUGGUACUUCCCUCCUCUGCCUCCUAACAUCAGCCAUCAGCCUCCAGCUUCUCCCUCCGCCUACUUCCUCCGGCCAUUCUGCCUCUGGAUGCCCUACCGCCUGUGGGCCUUUAAGUUUGUGUGCACCCAGCCACGGUGCAAGCGUCAAAAGCUCACAGGCUGUGGGGUGUACAAGACAGUCCGGAGGGUGCUUGACAUGGACGGCUGGUAUUUUAUGGGGACAGAGUACCUGGAGUGCCGCCUCUGUAAGAAGAAGCUAGCAGGAUGGUCGCUGGAUAUCUUGGACCAGCUGGACGCAAGUCAUCGCUCCAUUUUCCCAGCCAUCUUGACUUACAGGCUGUCCUGUGACCUGAAGGUGGUCAGGCUGAUGAGAGAGAGGACACUGGGGAACAGUGUGACCAGGCUGUACAACCAGCUGAGGGAGCAGCACAGCCUGACCUGGAUGAGUCGGACCCUGUACUACCUGUCCGUCUGUGACCACUUUGUAGUCCCAGGUGCCGCACCACUGAGGGUAACACCUCUUCCUCCCUUUUUGGAUGUGCCCUCAGCCCAGUGGCUGCUGACUGUCCACGGCUACGACGUUCUGUUCCAGCUGGAGGACUUCAAGGCCAGAGUCACCUCCAUCUUUGGGUCCAUCCUGAAGAUGGAUUCAACCAAGAAGGUGACCAAGAAACUAGCUGGGGCAGCACACGGGACAGCAGCGUGGGCCACAAAUGUGGGCAAUGAGUACGGCCAGGUGCUCAUUACGGUCCUCACUGACAGCGAAGGAGAGGGCCUGCUCGACAUGGCAGCUGGCCUCCAGCAGCGCUACAGUAGAGCUGGAGUGGCACCUCCCAAGCUGCUCUAUGUCACCCGGGACUGCUGCGCCCUGAUGGGAAAGGGGAAGACGGCAGCCAUUUUCAGCCAGUGGGAUGAACUCAUCGUCCGGCUGGAUGUGUGGCACCUCAUCCGUCGCUUUGUUGGGGGAGUGACAACAGAGAGCCAUCCUCUGUAUGCUCUCUUUUUGCGGCGGCUCUCCUCCUGCAUGUUGGUGUGGUGUGCAGAGGAUGUGGAGCGCCUGCUGGAGGCCAAGCGAGGUGAGCUCAAGGAGAGCCACAUCACGGGGCUCAGUGACGCACAGGUGAUGAAGAGGAUCAGCCUGAAGGAGAUGGCUCGGCACUGUCGUCGCCGCACGCGCGGGGCGGAGGAGACCGAGCGUCUCAUCGGGGAGCUCCUGGAGACCUUCAUCGAUGCCACAGACACCCUGGGCGUCCGGCUCCUGGACCGUGACCGAAUGCAGGCCAUCUGGCAGACCCAGAGACGACACCUGGUCUGUAUUCAGGACCCCCCUGGUGUCAGCAUCUACACCAAGGGCAAGGACGUGACCAAGGGAGGGGUCAUCCUGCCAGUGUUGCGUUGCGCCCGUGAGUAUGGCACCCCAUUCCCUACACUACUUUUGACCAGACCCCUUAGUAGGGGUCCAAUGCUAAUCUUCCCUGUAUCGUUCCAAUUUGAGUAUACUACACUACACUACACUACACUACCCUACACUACACUACACUACCACUAACACUACCCUACCCUACACUACACUACACUACACUACACUACACUACCCUACACUACACUAUCCUACACUACCCUACACUACACUACACUACACUACACUACACUACACUACACUACACUACACUACACUACACUACACUACACUACCCUACACUACCCUACUCUCCUCCAAUCAGAGCUUCAGCUUGUUCCAAAUUGGAGAAAGAGCGCAAAAAACAACCAAUGAAGAGCCUAACUUGUUCCAAAAGUUUUUCAGCCAAUCAUGUUCCUCUGAAAUUUUCCUAACGUCACUUCCUCAAAAUCUUUUUCUAGGCAGCCAUUGAUUGAGCAUACACACAGUGAGUAUCUGAGGUAAUUUUGCCUAAUUUGCAAAGAAUUUAACAUCAACGACAAUAAAUGUGAUGAAAUAUGACAAUAACACGUCAAGCCAACCGAAUUGUUUAACUACAGGGGCUACCCAAACGGUUUAAUUUAACAAUGUCUGUAGAUCGCUAGCUACUGUAGCUAUAGUAAUAGUGUGCAGCAUGCUGUUAGCAUUGGCUCUAAAAUAUUUUUCUGACAGAAAUUGAUGAUACCCGGUGAAUAUAUGAGGGAAGUGUGCUUAGCUUGCAAAGAAAUGAAAAUAAUCAACGAGUAGCACUCCAGUCAACCGAAUUGUUUGACUACAGGGGCUACCCAAGCUGUGUAAUUUAACAACGUGUUUAUAUCGCUAACUACUUUAAACUAGGUUUACAAAAUCUCAAAAGUUUAUUUGACCGCUGACAACCCUAUAAAACCUUAGCUAAAAUUUCUAUCACCUCAAAGUUGGAAUUGUAUACUACUUAAAUGUCUAUUUUCCUUCGUUUUUUGAUGGUAUGCAUUUGAAGUGUAUGUAGUUGGAUGCAUUGUAUGAUAUGUGACAACCUGGGGCAAACGUGUCUUUCUAUGAAUUUAACUAAACUGAAUUUAACUGCAUAUAAGUUAUUAACCCUGACCCGGCACCCCCCACCACACUGCUGAACCUAGCAGACCUAUCAAGCAAACGUGAGUUCCUUUAUAUGUACCUAAUAUGGUUAUGCUGUCGCUUGUCGCUGCACUCCUCACUCAUGAUAAUAGUUUGUUUCUUGCCAAUAAGAUGGAAAUUCCUAGGUUCCGGUUCACACCCUCGCAGGAGAUGGUCCUCAGGGCCACACCCCAGGCAGUUAAAGUGGCCGCUGAUGGCCCCCCUGCCUCGGGUGCUCAGGGCCCUCCUGUGAGGGCUAAGAAGUGGGAGGAAGUGGAGGCAGAGGCUCGAGCCCGCGUCGUCUCCGAGGGAGGUGACCCCGGUGCAGAGAUGGUCAUCCUGAGCCGGUGCACGGUUCAGUUCGGCAAGUACAGGGGUCAGACCUUCAAGUGGAUGAUGGAGAACGACGUGGGCUACAUGGUGCACCUGGUAACGGUGCAUCAGAAGGAGAGAGAGCGAGAGUGCAGCGUUUCCCAGCAUCCCCUGAUGGGCCAACAAGGACGCCUUGACUCGCUACUUGUGCGCCUAUCCGGCCUUCGCUGAGAUGGUCAGGUUCAACCGGGCGCACGAGGAAGCUAAAGUCCUGUCCUCCCAGUCAGGCCAGGAGGGCAAGGCCCUUGUUGGCAUCGGGAAGUACAAGUGGGACACGCUGCAGGACCUGUAUGAGUCUACGGGUGCGGACAGGAUAAGAUAUGUCAGGAGCAUGAGGACGCAGACACCCCGUUAUCCUGGGAGUGCGAUGGCUGCCUUGAUUGGCUACAUUCAGCGCAGAGACCAGGAGGGGGUAGCUGCUGUGGUCAGGCCCGCAGCAGCCAGCACCACCCCCGCCAGUAACACCCGGCCCAAGAGUGCG